UUUUGAAAGCAAAUAGAAUUAAAGCCAUAGAUCGAUUUCGUGGUUUUUGGUUUUUGGAUCCCACUUCCUAAUUACAAACACUAAAUGGGCACAGUUAUCAAAUGGCCUGACGCGACUCAAAACGUCGGUUUUCAUGUUUUCUAGUAACGCUUUUUAUUAAAACAGUCAGUGGAGAUCUGUUUAUAUCUUAUUAUUCAGCCCACCCCUUUACUGGAUCCCCUUUACUGGUGGGAGCCUAGCAACACUAUGGACCAGAUGAAUUACGGACCAUUUGUGACUGGAAUUUUUUGUUGUCUUAGUCGGGAAGGACAGGAAGAGGAUUGUUUCUAGCGGAUAAACAUGCUGACUUUGCGAGGAGGUUCGUUGGAUAAAGAUUCAAACUGAAGGAAAAAAGGUCGCCUUUCCAGGAGCAUAAUUCGUUGGUUACAAGCAAAUCGUUCCCUGCUGCAAGGACAUCAAUCAGUGCUGGCAGUGUUGUUUCGGCGUAUGCUCAAGUAAGUGUUUUUAAUUCUUCUUAUCUUGUCGUCAUUGCUGUUUGAGCACAUUUUACUCAAAAGUUUAUAUAAGCAAGUGACUUGCUAGCUCUUGGAAUGAAGGAUCCACGUCUUCAAGUAUUUUCGAUAUCAAGAUGUACGAGAGCGAAGCAGACUUGUAGUGUGUCUUUUAAGUGAAUCGUUGAUAUCCGGUAAAAAGGAACAUUUGUGAGUUGACUUAUAAUGACAAUGUAUCGCGAUUCCUUUCCUAAGCUAAGUCUGACUGACACCUGUGAAAUUCGACAAGGAAAAAGUAUCAAGCAUCGAAGGGUGAAAGACAAAAUUCUAUCAGCUGAAAUAUAGAUAGAACAGAUAUAUUUUCAGUGUAACAACAUUAGUCACAAAAUAACUGUCUUGACAGUAUCAAAGAAAGUCACAGAUGUGUUUUGCAAGAAGGCCAUUGAGAUGAAAAUAUUUAACAAUCUCUAAGAUUUCUUGCAGAAGUCCGAACAAUGGACGGCCUGGGCAGAUACUCGGCUCAUUAAAUCCGACUUAUCCUAUAAGUAUUGUUGGAAUUUAUACUAAAUGGACGUAUUUUUGUUUGAAUUAUGAAACAUCCGCUUUAUGAAAAUCUGUCUUAUGCAAGUUCGAAUGUUAUCAUUUAUGUGAAAACGCAGCUAAAUCUGCCAAAUUUCGCCAGAUUUAUAGCUGCAUCAGCAAAGGUUAUUUUCAUUUUAAUUUACCUAGAAAAUAUAACUGUAACCAUUUAUCAAACUCACCGGACAUUUCUAAGCAAGUCGUAAGCAAUUUCACUGGGUUCGCACAUUUAAAUCUACUCUAUGAUGACCUUUCAGAUUAUAUGACCCAAAGACUAAGAAUAUAAUUUCAUGACGUCAUCAAUUUACUUAUCUAUUACGUAGAAUGUGUAUAUUGUUUGUAUCUUGGGUUAAAUUUUUCUCAUCCUUCUUGUGGCAGAUCUGUUCAUUCGUCUUGCCUGAUAAUCAUGCUUUCUUGACUGUGCUUUCUUCCUCUAGGCAUAAUAGAUUUUAUUCAUUUUUACUUGAUAUAAUCAAUUUUUAUAUAGGCAUGUCUUUCUGCUUGUCUUAGCAUCGUUUACUUCAGAUUCCUCCUUCAAGGCUAUGGUCUUCGUUGCAAUCUUUUUGAAAUGGUUUUUCAUAGAAUUUAGAUAUAUGUUGUGUCAGUAAUCGCUCUAUCCUAUAUCGAGAACUUAAACGCACGUAUAUUGUGAACCGAUCUGAAAGUACGAGUGACAAAUCUGAAUGUUACAAAAAAGUCGUAUAAAGUCUCACUAUUCAAUCUUCAUUUUUUAAAAUUAUUUUCCAACUUAAAGAUCUUGAUGUUUAGAAAAUGUUUCUGUGUUUCGAUCUUGAUGUUUAGAAAAGCCGAACAAUUUACUAUCUUCGUCUUCUCUGAUUAAACAAUGAUGAAUCAUACAUGUUUCUGGGAAGGCAUCAAUUAAAGCUAAGGCAUCAAUUAAGGCAUCAACAGUCACAUUCUGUAUAGUUUCUGUCCACUCAAUUACAUUUUGUCAAGGUAUCUUAGUGGCUUUGGCAUUAAGAUAUGCACCGAAUUCUUUGAAAGCCCAAGAACUGCAAUUACCUAGGAAUUCGAUCAAAAGUUGUGUAUAGUUGCUAGUCAUGCUUGCCUGUUUCCUAUGCGAGGUUCCAGUGAGUUGAAAAGGCGACAAUGAAGGGACAACUGCAAUGCAAUUCAAGUGUAUUUAACUACACAUCAAGAGAAAGCAUUUGUAAUGCAAGUAAAAUCUUCAGAAUGAUGCUACAUUAGCUAAUGCCAAGAUGAAACGAAGAACUUAGUUCCUUAUUUUAUCUUGCUUAUUCAAAUCGUAAUUUGUUGUUUGAGACGAGACGACACGGGAAACAUCAUGUUGCUUUCAGCCUGGUUUAGAAUUUCAUGCUUAUGUUUGAUCUUCUUUAGAGAUACUUGAGCAACCAAGCUGCUGUUUACAAUCAGUUUUGAUGAUUUGUAAGAUAAAUAUGCCACCAGACCGUUGUAGCAGCUGACACGCGAUUUUUUAAAAUUAAUUAAUAAAUAAGCCUACUCUUUUUUGAUAUUCUCGAUUUUUUUCACAAUUUUGAUCACAAGUAAUUGAUGUUUACUUCAAAACGCUGUCGUUGUCCGCAUAAAUUUUUAGCCUUCCUAUCCGCCAAUUUGCUAUUUAGUUCCGUCGGUGUAGCGGAUGCAAAACGUUUAGGGGCGUAGUUUGGAUUUUGCCCGAAUAUUUUGCCCGAACAUCGAGAUAGAAUUACAAGAGUGGAGCUUGAAUUGCUGUCAUUGAACAGGCCAUCGAUGCUAUUGUGCUCAAGUGGGUGAGCCAUUCUUUAUUUGCCGACAGGUGUGAAAAUUUUCCGACGAAGCACCCUUACAUGGCAAAAACUCCUUGUUCUUGCAAUCAAUUUUUCCCAACCGUAGCGAUGGCCCUGACUCUCUUUAUUGUUAUUCAUUUGUCACUAUAGAUAAAGUUGCUUUUAAGAUCUCUUUUGAUUAAGCUUUUAUUUUAAAGAUUUAUAUAAUUGCUCUUUUUCCUAGAGUUUCAUAAGAGAAGCCACUAACUUCUCUCAGUAUGCCCUUGCUAAGUAUGCACUAACUUCUCUAAGGGCCCUUGCUUAUAAGUAUGAGUAUGUUUGAGUAUAGUGCGUGAAGUACACCAUUCUGUAAAAUAAGGUAACAGCUGUAAACAGUGGGGCAAAAUCGGUUGAAUAGGUCACAGAUCGUCUAAGAUAUGAUCAAAUUAGAAUUGUUACAAACAAGAAUUAUUUUGUUUCGGUUUUAAAAGCUAGAACCAGGUAAAAAAUCAGUAAUCAGUUAGUAAAUAUCCGGCUUUUCACUGGCGUAAAUUAUAGCAUGUUUAAUUGACUUCGGACGUAACGUGGUCUUACGACUUUGUGCAUUGACUAAAACCCACAUUGAACAAAACUUACCCUUAAAGAUUGAAUUGUUCAGCAAAAAAAGUGGAGUCAAGUAAAGAUAAAUUCACCAAUUUCAAAGCUUACUUAAAUUUGGAAGUAUAUUUAGUAAGCAGUUGAAGCCAUUUCAAAACUUUAAAAAUGGCAUUUUUGCAAGAAAAGUACUUAAUUAAAAGAUUAUCAAAUUUUUUACAUUUUUAUUUGUUUGCAAUUUAUUGGUCACUUGUUUGCCAGAAAAUUGCCAUGAAUCGUUAGGUAUUUCAAAAAUGUUUCAUAGCUAUUCUCUAGGACGAUCAUUUUAAACAUUUCAUUUCAAACUCAAAUUAACAUUAAUCAUGACAAGGCAAGAGCUCAGCUGCAUCCCAAUCAUACCUUGGUAAGUGGUGACCGCAUCAACUGCUUCUGUUAAAGUUUAAAUUAGAUGGCGACACGACACUUUCAUUUGUUUUUAUUCCGUAAAAUAUCUUCUCUACUGCUAAAUUGUAUUUUUUGUGCGUGAGAACUCAUUGGCUUGAACCAGGUUUGAAUGUCCUUAAUAGGAACCACUAUGCUAAGUUUUUGUUGAUAUAUCUUUAAUAAAAACAUUUUAGCCUAAUUCUAAAACAGAAGGUUCCUUCAUUUACUGUAUUCUAAAAAAGAUUGUUUUGAGGUGAUCGUCAGAUUGCCUCUUUGGCAUAAGAUGGUUCGGCUUGGUGUGCUGUCCUAACUACGCCGAGCUUAAUGGUGAAGAAAAAGCAAUUUAAAGCUGUUAGCUGUCGUUUUACGAUGCUAGUUAUGAAUAUUUAAAAAGGAUUAGUAAGUAGUGAGAAUUCUUGAGGUUUUCUUUUAAGAAUUAAUUCACUUACAAAAGCCGUACUUUUUAUCGUCAAUAUUGUCCUAUUAGUGCUCUUUUUCAUUUAGGAUAGACAGAUGUUUUUGUAUCUCCUUCUCUCCAUAUCUAUCUUUAAUCUUAGCUAAAUCUACUAACAAACAGUCUGCUCUUUAAAAUUGGCGCACAAAUCAUUUAUCAUAAUGUUUACAGGGUCACACAUGAUACCAAAGGGCCAGACAAUCGCAUCGCAGGCUAUCGCAGACAAGCAGCACCAUAAACUCCCGAUAACUCGAACAGACAAGAGACCAAUGAACUGGUUCGAGAUAGCGAACGUUCGAGUUAAAAAGGGUUUUUUCAAAUGAAAGUAUUAAGCAAAGGGAAUCUAUAUCAGUUCGACCUAGCGAAUGUUCGAGUUAUCGGAGUUUGAGAUAUCGGGAUUUCAUUGUAUUUGGGACACUUGCAAUGGCGAUUGUCUCCGACAGUCUGCAUUAUAUGAGGAACAAGAUCUUGUGAUGUUUCGAGGAGUAAAUUUGUCGAAUAAAAAGUUAAACGUCUUCUCUUUCAUGUGCUGAGAUAAAAAUGAUAACAUAAUGAUAAUAAUGAAAAUAUAAUGAUAAUAAUGAUAAAUAAUUUGUUUAAAGUUGGCUCACAAGGUCAAAGGCAAAUUGCUCUAUUGAAGCUAGUUGAGGCCAACUAUCUGGUUAAAUGUAUCAAAAGGGUUUAAGUCAUUAUAAUAUGAAUGAAACCUUAUCCAGAAAUAAACAUUUCAAACAAUAUGUGUGGGCUCUUAACUCUUUUUUUACAAAUUUUUAUUGAUUGGGACUCUCUACUGUAAGGUAGUGUUUGCCACAGCUUUUGACCUAAUUAUCUCACAGUUCAAAAGCUGUGGCAAACAUUACUUCAUGGUAUUAGAGAGUCGCAAUAAUUAACAACUUUUAAAAAAGAGUUUAGUGCCCACACUGUUAAAUAUAACUGUAAACUGUAUGAAUUGUUAAAGCCAAGUUCAGCGAAAAGGCUAGUUCUAGGUAAAACCUGUUUUGCAUAACUUUUGAAGCAUAAAGGAAAAGACAAAAACCUCUUGAUUUUUAACAAAUUUGAGCCGCAGUGUAGUAUAAAGUGUCCAUCUUAAAACCUUAUUCAGAGGUAAAGCAGAGACAUACGAUAGUACGACGUACUCUAAAGUAAAUGGUAGGGUACUAAUAUGUAGAUAUAUUUUGAAUUUCGCUUGUAUAGUCUUCUCAUUCUGACGCCUUCAUCUUGUACCCAAAGUGCAACGUAUUAAGUCAGCCAGUCAAAAAUCUAUAUAAAUUUAAUAUGGAUCGGCACUUUAAUAUGGUGUUCACUGCAGCAAGUGUAACGUAUUAAGGACUUAUAAUUUUUCAAAUAACCAUAUCAAGGAUUAAAGUAAACCUACAGACUCCUCAGGAAAUUCUUAGCUGUAUCGCUCUCGUCUCCAGCAGAAGUCCAAUUACCAACGUUAAAAACCUUUAUUUUUCUCUGUAAAUAAUAUGUUAUGCUAUGAUUUUUUUCAUCUCUUUCAACCGUUUUAAACAGUGUUGGUUCACUGCAAAGUAAGGCAUGUUAUAACGAGACAUGUCUUAACAUAUUGUCAUUGUUAUUACUAAUUUAGUUGUCGUUCGAUUAACCUACAAUGCCGGCCAAAAAUGCUGGAGCAGUCUCUUCAUCUUUCCAUAUCAACGUCUCUAAGACUUGCUAAAGCGUUUUGUUUCCCUGCUAUUUUUAAGGAUGUUGGCAUUCGGGUCAACGUAGACGUUAAAUUGACAUUCGAAUGUGUUUUUAACUUCUAAAUGAAAUACACUUUAAAAGUGUGGAAGAAGCACUGAAUAAUGUAUUAUCCCUUAGUUGUAUGUAGCUUAAACAUAACUUAAUGUGAAGCAAGACGUACAUAAUUGUUGCUUAGAGCCUCACGCAAUCAAAAGUACCUGUUUCUUUAAACAUCUGCUCUCGUCGGUGAUCUUGCUCAGCUAAAUUUGAUCUGGCCUCAAUAAAGCAAAGUUCUUGUGCUUCCUUGGUCAAUAAUAUAAUUGUAUUGGAUCUGAGAAAAGGUAUUUGUUGCGCGAGAAAAUUUUUCUUCCAAAGGAUCUCUGGAGUAUCUUUCAUAAAUUGGAAUAGCUAUCAAGUGUUUCUAUUAUAAAAUGGAGUAUCUAUCUGGAGAAUUGAUAUCCGGGGCAAUUAUGAAUUGAUAUCGGGGGAUAUCUAUUUUAAUAUCUGGUGCACUUGUUAUGAAUUGAUAUCUAGGGUAAGGCAUCAAGUCAUGUGACGAGAGACCUCUAGCAAUGGGUAUUUGUCUUUCUUCGAAGGAAAAUUCUGUGAAAACCUUCGGACGAAGCAAUAAGGUCAAAGACUGUAGCAGCAUCAGCACAAAGGAAAACCAGCAGUCUGGGUCAGGAGAAAGAAAGCUGUUCUUCACUUUCACCCGAGAUGAAGCAGAAAAUUUCCUAACGAACGCCAAGGAGGGCACUUUCCUUUUAACCGAAGAUGUCUCAUCAGAGAGAUUUUUAUCAGUCAGUUUUGGUGAAUAUGUGGCACAUCACGCCAUUUUCAAUAUGGCAAGUGGCGUCUCUGUUAGAGGCGAAUAUUUUGAGUCGAUUAAUGAAAUGCUCGAGUACUUCAAAGAACACCCUAUCGAAAAAAUUCGUUUGCAGGCAGAGUACACAACGCCACAGCAUUCAGUGAAAAGAGAAACCUUGAGCAAAACUCUCAGUACAAGGUCGGAUAAUUCUUUCCAGCUGAAUUCUACUACGUCACCAGAUAUCCACAGUGACCCGUCAGAACUGCGGACAGUUAAAAAGCCAGAGAAGAUAGAAACAUUGCCUGAAGAGGAGGCUGUGUCUACACUCGAGACAUUUGAGAAUAAAGCAGGCCUGACAAGAGAGACAUUUUCAAAGCGAAAACUGACAAUUAACAAAAACAGCACAGAAGUAUCAGUAUCAUCAGCAGGCGACCAAGACUUGCCAAUCGAUGAACCGCUGCCUGUUUUGCCAGAGCAAACUGGACAGCGCCCACCGCCAUUAUUCCAGCGCCUCGCUUCAAAGUCACUUUCAAACUUAGGGUAUCAUUCAUUUGGACAUACGGUUAGAAUGAGUUCGCUGAGGUGUCUGAACUUUGACCUUCAAGAAAAACAAUCAUCCUACUUAUCGACACGAAUGAUCAAAGUAAUUGUCUGCGGCAAACCAGAUACUCAAAUUGAAAGAAAAUACCUGAUAGAAGAAUGCCUCCCGACCUUGGCUGAUUUCUGCAGUAGGUUUGGUUUUGUAUGUGACGUCAUCAACCUCUGUGCACAGGAGAAAAAAGAACAGAAAGUUGGUAGUUGGGUGAUAGGGGAUGAAGAUGCGGGACAAUUAAGCGAAGAAAUAGAGGAAAUCAAGAGAUUUGGCAUUCCUGUUUUGUUACUAGGUUGUUUUGGAGAAAAAGUUGGACCAAUGACCAUCCCCACAGAAAUCACGUCAGCAGACUUUGAAAAAAUGGCUUCCUUGCUGCCCGAUGACAAGGCAGCGCAUUUGAAGAAAUGCUAUGAGGUUGAAGAGAACGACAAUUCUCGUCCGUAUGUCUUGAAGAGAAGCGUAGAAGAGGACAACGAAGUUAAAGAAAACCUUGUCAGUAUAUGCAAAGCUUUGUUGUCAAAAUGUUUUGAAGGAGAAAAGGAUUUGUGGAAGAAUUUUCAGCCAGAAACCGAGAAACAUGUUAAUAAGUUGAUAUCAAGCCUAGAUUCUAUCAAGCUAGUUCCAAUUGAAAGAAAAAUCACUGAUUUAAGAAAGUGCACGCGAUCAUUUUCAACGUUGGAAGCGUAUGAUGAUGAUCAAGAUGCUAAUACAUACUACCAACUGGAAUCCUUGAAGCAUGAAUUUCGAAAAAAGAUGCUUGAAUCUGGUAGCCUUAAAGAAUCUGACGUCAUAACACUGAAAACUACAUUGAUGGCUGUGAAACAAGACUCCAACGAAAGAAAGUCGUAUGUUGAGUUGCUAGAGGAAGUAUUGUUGCUGCAUAUUAAGAGUAAACUGGUUGACAUCAUGCGAAUGUUUUCUUCAGUAUAUUCAAGGCAGACGUACCUAAGAGAUGAAAUUUGUACGCACGGUUUUGAGUGUCAGCAAAAAUCAAGAGAGUUUGUGGGACAUACUGAUGUAUUGCAAACCGUUAAGGCCUAUGUGCAAGGCCCUUACUCAAAGCCGCUAAUCUUGUAUGGAGAGUCCGGUUGCGGAAGAUCAUCUGUCAUUGCAAAGUCAAGUGAAAUGACCAAGGCCUGGGUUGGCAGUGGCACGACCGUAGUUACGAGGUUCAUUGGGUCAACAAGAGACUCGACCUCGUUGCAUCUUCUUUUGCAGAGCAUAUGCUUACAGCUAAGCUAUGCAUAUAAAACCGACCCAGCUGCUGUUCCACAGAAUCUUCCAGACCUUGUUCAGUUCUUGCCAAACCUGUUUCAGUUUGCGACCGAUUCUCAGCCGCUAGUCAUAUUCAUUGCUGGCUUGGAUGACGUAGAGAUUUUUGAAGAAGAUUUGCAAUGGUUUUGCUUCAUUCCGGCCAUCUUACAAAGUCAUGUCAAAAUCAUAAUAUCUGUUCAUAAAGACCAUUUCAAAUCAGCUCAGAAAGUAUACACUGACAUAAAUAGCUACAGGGAGAUCCCUACGAAAACCACCGAGGAUGGCAUUGAAAUGCUUGACAAAAUGCUUGUGGCGGCUGACAGAACGCUUUCCGAGCAACAGAAAUCUGCCAUUUCCAACUCUUUGAUUUCGUGUUGGUCACCAGUUUAUGUAAACAUAAUUUUUCACAAAGCCAAGUCUUGGAGAGGAAAUGAAAAAGUUAACCUGUCCACGCAAGUAGAUUUGGCGCAGUACGUUGGAGAUAUUUUCUCUGCAGUCGAGACAAAACAUGGACAAGACAAUGUUUCUUUGAUUUCAUCGCUGAUAACUGUCUCACAGUUUGGCAUUUCUAAACGAUGUCUUUGCCAUGCAUUGAUGAACAAACAGGUGGAGCACAUUCCGGCCAGCAAAGUGAAGGGCCUAGUCAAUAGGAUUCUCAAAUCUUUUGCUAGUCUGGUCACUAUGAAGUGGAUGAAUGGCCAAAUUGUUUGCACUUGGCUCCAUCGGUUCAUUCAGUCAGUCGUGAGGGAGCGAUAUCUCAAAGGACAGGAAAUUGUGUCAAGUAUGACACAGAAACUUGUAAACUUUUUGGAGAACGAGCCGAACUCAUUUGAACCAUAUGACAAAAUCGACGCCAAUAAGAGAGGAUCAGAUUACAAAAGAAGUCGAGGAAGUUUAGCUGGCCAGCGAGUCGAUGUUCAAGGAAACAGCGUUGGCAAGACUCCGCCACCAAAACAAAGUUGCAACUUACAGCGACUGCAGUUUCUGCCGCUUUAUCUACUUCGCUGUAACCGACUGCAAGAGCUGAAGAAGCUCACAAUUUGUAACUACGAGUUUUUACUCAACAAACUUCGCGCAACGUCCGUGGGUCACAUCAUCAACGAUUUCUAUUACGCGCUGUCUGCCUAUUCACAUGAUCUAGAUUUAAAAAUCUUGAAAGAGUUUUUCGAAUUAGCCCUAGAAGCACUUGCCUUGGAUCCUGACCAGCUGUCAGCGCAAAUUUUUACCCGCUUGCAUCCGAAGCAGUGUGUAAAAGCACAAGAAUUCAGUCGUGUUAUAAGCGUAGCAGAAAUGGAAAAGCAUUCUUUGCCGCCGCCCGACGGUAAGGAUAGCACCACAAGUGAGGAUUCUGAACAACUGCAUAAUUUUGAUGAUGAACAAGAAGAAAGGAAAACCGCCGAGGAUUCAUUAAAAGAACAGCACACCGUUAAAGUGAGCGACAUUGUUGACAAAUCAAAUGACAGAUGUAUUUCACAAACAGACAUCAACGAUGAAUUGAACGAGAAUACUCAUUCGUACGUAACUGAGAGUUUUUCUUUGAAAAAACUGAUCAACGAUUCUUUGAGUAAAGGCCAUCUACUUAUGCCUUCUAUUCCUUGUUUGAUACGACCUCCGAGUGAAUGUGGCGCGUCCUCUGAGAAUCAAAUAUCAUCUUUUCUCUGUCAUCCGGUCGAUACACGGAUCCUCUUCUCUGAUAAAUUCCCGGAUGUUUUUAUUACAUGGAGUAGAAGUAAAGAGACCAUAUCUGUUUAUAAUUCCAAAGGCGUUUGUGAAAGGGUUUGCUCUGGUUUGGCACUUAAGCGAGUACCCUUAACUGUGAACCAUUCUGCUGCUGUAGAAAUGCAAGAUGGUAGGGUGUGCAUACUCGACUUGAGCAGCGGAGAAAUUAUGACAGAGUUGCCAAGCGAGCAGAGGUAUUUUGCCGUUUGUGACAGCUCCCACAUUGCAGCACUCUCUGAUAAUCUAACUUGCCUAAAUGUCUUUAAUAUCCGCAGCAAGCAAGUGGUCUGGGAUUACAGGGCUCCUGAAGGCCGUCAUUUCCACAACAUUCUUAUAUCGAAAAACGGGGCAAUCGGAGCGUGUAUUUUGGAAGCAGACACUUUUCGCAAUAGCCAGGAAGAUAUUUCAUUCAGCAAAGACGAUCAAAUGCCCUCAAAUUCACUGCAAGAUGAAAUAACAGUUGUUAACUUGAAAAGUCGGCAACAGCUGCAUUCAUUUUCUCUGAAGAACGGUCAAAUAUUUCAUAAAAUCUGUGCCAUUUCGGAAGACGGUCAUUACUUGGUUCAUUUAACAGAACCUGACUACCAGAUUCUCGUUCUGGACUUAAUGAAAGGAGUUGUAGUUCACGAGAUGGAGGUUAGACUGCAUCGAAUUUUGAAGAUCUUGGUGUCAACACAAGGAAAUUGUAUCCUCUCUGCUAGUGCUGAUUCAGUUUUGCGCGUGUGGAAUCUUAGUGAUGGGGACCUAAGAUACUCAUUGUCAGAGCCUAUACGGACGAUAAGGGGCGGCUAUAUGGAUGACAAGCAUUGCUUAAGUAUGUCAGAAGAUGGAAGUCGCGCAGUUCAUUCCGUGCGGUCUCGAUUUCAUUGUUCUUAUGUUGUUCUAUGGGACCUCGUUCUGGGACAACAACUUGCUACAUUCACAACUGACUUUUACGAUUUAACAUAUCAAAUAAGUCCGUAUGGAGACUUUGUCGUUGCAUCGAUGCCCUCUGGAAUUGUCACAAUGGGUGGAAAUGGGCUGACGCCACUCGAAAAUGUCGGAGAAAGAUCAAACAAUAUUGAGGAACCAGACGGCUGAAUCCAACCAAACGCGAUAGAUUUGAUAGGAUACUGUAAAAUUUAGACCGUCUUUGCAUGACCUUAUUCAUGCGAUUAACUCCUUUCAGUAAGAUGCAGUCUUGGUGGCGUAACGGACUAACGUUACCUUUAGUUAAAAAAACCAAGGAUCCCCAACAGUUAGGAGCCCCUAGAGACAAUGUUUUUGAUGUUAUGUUACUUUGAAGCUGCUAUUUUGGAUGUGAUAAAAGAGUUUAAGGGGCUCCAAGCCUUUAUAAUAAACCAGUCUAAAUAAAGGGAAAGUCUGCUGAUUACCAUUUUACAUUUUGUCUAUAUGGUUUUACUAAUGCUUACACCUGGGUGGCCUCGAACUAAAAAAUUCCUAGCUGGGCCCGGGCUGCCUCCUUUAGGCAACUGAUGAUGCUGUAAGCUAAGCCCUCUUUAAAAGACCGCACUACUAUGAGACACCUCUAUGACUAUAGCUUUUUAAAUUUGGUAUCAAUUUAACGCUGUCUUUAAGUGCAAGCCUCAAAGUUCCGAUAAACCACAUAUCUGUUUUCACUGGAAAGCAUUGUACCACUAGAAAAGAUUCCCUUAACCCCGAACUUCCGUGGCUUAAAUUUGCAGUUAAAAAGAUAUAAGAGCCAAAGUGAUUCCAUGCUUGCGCUACGUUAUUGAUAUGUUAUUGUCCCUCGAAAAGGGUAUGUCUACGUUGGUAAAAAAUCGCUGUCAAACACAUUUAAAUGUAAUUGUUACGUCUAAUUUUGUAAUGCGGCCACAGGUCGUAAGCUGUUGUACAGAUGAAUUCUCGCAAAUAUCUAUGCCCCUCUUUUAGUUUCUCUGUAUUUCACUUUUAGGCCUAGUUAGUCUAAUGGUAGAAUAGAUGAAACGUUGUUACAAAACAUCUUCCUACUAUGUAGCUGUGAACAACAAGUUUUCUCUAGGUCCAGCAGCCUAGAAGAUUGCAAGGGAAGUAUUUUGAAGUUUAGUCUAUUGCUGAAGAAAUCCCUUUAAUGUUUACCGGGAAUAAGUCAUUUUGAUAUUGUUAAUUAUAAACUGCGAUUUUCAUGUACUUUUGAAAACGUUGCCACAAAUGUCUUAUGGACAGGAGGACGAGAGUAUGAAGUUUAAAAUAUUUUCUUGUGAUUUAAACGGAAUUACAAGGGGACUGGUUGCAUUGAAUUGAACUUCCGCCAUUGCGAGGUACCAUCAACAAAACAAUAUUGUAAAUAGCGGGUUGCAGCGUUGAGUAUUUGAAAUUCAACUAGAGUUUUAGAUUACUUUGACAAUUAG